AUGUUGAUGCAACUUCCUCGGUUGACAAGCUCUCUCAGAGACCCAUUUGACAUCGACCAAGCCUAUCUCCAGAGAAAAGUCAUCCUUCAAAACUUCCUCAAGAACCCUAACAAUACUGCAAGCUCGCUCAAUGAAUCAGAACUUGCGAGGAAGAUUGUUGAUGGAUGGGAAGAAGCCUCAACCGAAGUGCGACAAGCUUACAGGCAAUUUAUUGGAGGAGUUGUGGAGUUGAUAGAUGGAGAGGUGCAAUCCGAGGAGUUUCGCGAGGUGGUAUUGACUGUUUAUCGUAUAUUUGGGGAAGAGGAGAAUGUGGACAGCAACUUUACCCAAAAGAAGUCGAAAUUUCAGAAACUUAUUGGUCAUGCAGUUUCAGAUGCUAAGUUACAGAAAGUUGCUUCUCUAGCACGGAGGCUUUGCGGUUUGCAACCAAGAAACUCUGGAGCGGCACUUAUUGUAGACAGUCAUGUAGAUGGGAGUGGGGAUGAUCUAGAGUUUGGUGCUGACUUUGCUUUCCUAGCGCCAGCUAGGUUUCUGGUGGAUGCUAGUUUGGAGGAUGGGGAAAUGUUGGAUGAGGAAAGUCUUGCACCUUCUUCUAUGUUUCAUGAUGGAUGGUAUGAUCAUAGUGACCCGGGACGAAAUCAUUCUACUACUGAUGGUGGAAAUUUCGAUUUAAGUUGGUUAAGAGAUGCAUGUGACCAGAUAGUAAGAGAAAGUACUUCACAGCUUUCCCAAGAUGAUCUGGCAAUGGCUAUAUGCCGUGUACUUGAUUCAGACAAGCCCGGUGAGGAGAUAGCUGGUGAUUUAUUGGAUCUUGUUGGCGAUAGUGCUUUCGAAACUGUACAAGACCUUAUACUGCACCGCAAGGAACUUGUUGAUGCUAUCCAUCGUGGAUUGUCUCUACUGAAGUCAGAAAAAAAGGCUUCAAACACUCAAUCGCGCAUGCCUAGUUAUGGCACCCAGGUUACCAUCCAAACAGAAUCUGCGAAGCAAAUCGAUAAACUUCGGCGCAAGGAAGAAAAGCGGAAUAGACGCGGAACAGAACAUGGAGUUGAGAGUGAUGCAUCAGUUGCGAGUUUUUCUUCUUUACUUCAAGCAAGUGAGAGAAAAAGCCCAUUUGACAAUCUAAUUGGGUCUGGACCAGGGCCCUAUUCGUUGUCAGUGACUGCUCUUCCUCAAGGUAGUGUCAGGAAACAUUACAAGGGCUAUGAGGAAGUCAUUAUUCCCCCAACACCAACUGCAGAAAUGAAACCUGGAGAAAAGCUGGACUCAGGAGAAAAGUUCUACAGUAAGGAUGCAUUGGAGGAGGUGCAGGUUAUUGAGAUAAAGGAGUUGGAUGACUUUGCUCAAGCUGCUUUUCAUGGCUAUAAAUCUCUAAACCGUAUACAGAGCCAGAUAUUUCAAACUGUCUAUUACACUAACGAGAAUAUACUUGUUUGUGCCCCGACAGGAGCUGGCAAAACAAAUAUAGCUAUGAUCUCUAUUCUACAUGAGAUUGGACAGCACUUCAGGGAUGGGUACUUGCACAAAGAUGAAUUUAAGAUAGUUUAUGUUGCUCCUAUGAAGGCAUUAGCUGCGGAGGUCACAUCAACAUUUAGCCAUCGCUUAUCUCCAUUGAACAUGACUGUGAGAGAACUUACUGGGGACAUGCAACUAUCUAAGAGUGAACUUGAAGAGACUCAGAUGAUAGUGACAACUCCUGAGAAAUGGGAUGUCAUCACUCGUAAGAGCAGUGAUAUGUCUCUCUCAAUGCUGGUGAAGCUCUUAAUCAUUGAUGAAGUGCAUCUUUUGAAUGAUGAUAGAGGCCCUGUGAUAGAGGCACUAGUUGCCAGGACUCUGCGACAGGUGGAGUCAACACAGACAAUGAUACGCAUUGUAGGACUUUCAGCCACUCUACCCAACUACUUGGAGGUUGCUCAAUUUCUUAGAGUGAGUCCAGAGACAGGUCUCUUCUUCUUUGAUUCUAGUUAUCGUCCUGUGCCUCUUGCCCAGCAGUAUAUUGGAAUUAGUGAGCAGAACUUUGCAGCUCGCAAUGACUUGCUGAAUGAAAUCUGUUAUAAAAAGGUUGUUGAUUCAUUAAAGAAAGGUCAUCAAGCAAUGGUAUUUGUUCAUUCAAGGAAGGAUACAGUAAAAACGGCUGAGAAACUGAGUAGGCUAUUUGACAUUGAAGGUGAGUCUCGGGUGAUCUUGGGUGGGAUGUUAGAUUUGUUGCCAGUUUGUUUCAUGGGUAUCUCGUUCAGCUUCAGGAUUUGGGGAUGUUAUAUUGUGACAUUGAGCAAGAUUGGAGUGCUAUUUUAUAUUCCGUUUGAUUAUCUUGUUGGCUGGUUGGGAGGAUGUGCUAUCUUGAAAUGUGUUGAACUUGCCCGGAAUAAUGACGAUUUAGAGCUCUUAAGAAAUGAUGACCAUCCACAGUUUGCCUUAAUCAAGGUGAUGGACUGA